UCCUAUUGUAAGUGUACACAUAAACUAAUCCUGCGAUGAAGAGUUUGUUCCUUCUUCUCACGUUCACCGUGGUAAUUGUAAAAGGACAUUAUUUUCACGUCUAUGAAGAACUUGGACAAAAACAACAUGGCGAUCUAGUGAUAUCUAGUGGUCGAGUACAAAAUACCCGUUGGACCGACAAUACGGUACCCUACUUGUUGUCCAACCUAACUACCGAUGAAGCUGUAAUCUUGCGGCAAGCUAUGGACUAUAUAGAAAGCCGCAGUUGUGUAAAGUUUGUGAUCUGGGAACUCACAAACAAAAAUUUCAUAGUUGUCACUACGAAAGAAUCCGGUUGCUGGGCAACAUUAGGAAUGACUGGUGGUGCUCAGGUCGUAAAUCUGGAUCCUCGUGGAUGUUUUACGAUUGGUUCCAUCGUUCAUCAGUUACUGCAUACGCUGGGAUUCAGUCAUCCUUCUAGUAGACCAGAUCGCGACCUCUACGUACAAGUCAACUACAGUAAUAUAAAUACUCAUAAUUACAUUAAUCUGGAAAAAUAUUCCACACAAAUCGAUAAUGACUUUGGAAUACCGUACGAUUAUGAUAGCAUUAUGCAUCGCAGUGGUUUAGCAUUCACUUCUAACGGCAAGGAGACGAUUGUUGCGCUGGAUGGUACUGAGCUCGGACAACGUGAUCAAAUGAGUGUAAAGGAUAUAAAAAGACUAAAUAUGAUGUACCCAUGUGAUAACUCGACGUAAAAUGAUCACAUGUCGAUUCGGAAUCAAUCCUGAGUUAAAUGUUAUUUUAUUGUUAGCAAAGUAUUUACCCUAUUACCAUUUACCUUAUAAACAUUAAAA